ACCACUUUGCUUUGGUCGGUUCACUCCCACACAAUACAAAUCUGACACAAAGCAAACAAUCCUCAAAACCAAAUCUCGCACCAUCCUUUGCGCCAAUCAAAGACCCCACACUCAAAUUUCCCUCUUAAACUUCUCAUGCCACCUUCCCCUUCCUUCCCCUCAGCCUCAGAGAACCGAACCAAAUGGAGGAAGAAGCGCCGGAGGGAGUCCCACAAGCGCCAUGCCGACCGCGACGAUUCCGACCAGGACGACCGUCCCGACGAAGGCGAUUCCGACGACCAAUUCCGCAGGCCUAACGCGCGCGUGGAGAUCGAGGCGGUGUCGCGCGACGGACUCCAGAUUUCGCAGUUCCCGCCGGCGAUCAAGCGCGCCGUUAUCCGACCUCACUCCGCGGUGGCGGCGAUUGCGGCGCUGGAGUCCGGCAGGGGGCAGUCGCAGCACGAGGUUCCGGUUCUGGAGAAUGUGUCGCACGGGCAGCUUCAGGCGGUGUCGGCUGUGACCGCCGACUGCCUUGGCGGCGAUGGCUCGGCCUUCGUUGCUGCUCCGCCGCCGGUUUUGAGAGGCUCCGGCGUCGUUAAGCGGUUCGGGAGUAGGGUUCUUGUAGUUCCUAUGCACUCAGAUUGGUUUUCACCAGCCACAGUGCAUCGACUUGAGAGACAAGCAGUGCCACAUUUCUUCUCUGGAAAGUCGACAGAUCAUACGCCAGAGAAGUACAUGGAAUGUAGGAAUUACAUUGUUGCAAGAUACAUGGAGGACCCGGGGAAGAAGAUUACGGUCUCUUGCCUGGGAUUGUCAGUUGGUGUUGGAAAUGAAGAUUUAACUCGAAUUGUCCGGUUCCUUGAGCACUGGGGAAUUAUCAAUUACUGUGCUCGGUGCCCAAGUCACAAGUAUCCUGACAAUGAGACUUGCCUGAAGGAGGAGAAAAGUGGUGCAAUAUGUGUGCCAUCAGUGGCUUUAAGAUCCAUAGAUAGUUUGAUUGAAUUUGACAAGCCCAAGUGUAAAUUCAAAGCAGACGAAAUUUAUUCAUCUCGAACAGUGCACAAUACUGAUAUUUCUGAUUUGGACGGGAGAAUAAGAGAGCAUCUAUCAGAAAACCAUUGCCAUUAUUGUUCUCGCUCUCUUCCUGUUGCAUACUACCAAUCACAAAAAGAGGUUGACAUUUUACUCUGCGCUGAUUGCUUUCAUGAUGGGAGAUUCGUCACUGGUCAUUCUAGUAUAGAUUUUAUAAGGGUGGAUUCUACUACAGAUUAUGGUGAUCCAGACGGGGAUAGUUGGACUGAACAGGAGACUUUGCUGCUGCUUGAAGCAGUGGAGGUUUACAAUGACAAUUGGAAUGAAAUUGCUGAUCAUGUUGGUACGAAGUCAAAAGCACAAUGCAUUCUUCAUUUCCUCCGUCUACCUGUGGAAGAUGGGAAAUUGGAAAAUAUGAAUGUUUCAAGCUUGUCUUUGUCAUCCAAUGUGAUGAAUCAAGAUGAUAAUGGAAGAUUGCGUUGUUGCUCAAAUGGGUAUUCUGCAGGACCUGUACAUUACAGCCGAGAUUCUGAUGGCAGGCUUCCUUUUGCAAAUUCUGGAAAUCCAGUUAUGGCACUGGUUGCCUUUUUAGCCUCGGCUGUUGGACCAAGAGUAGCUGCAACUUGUGCUCAUGCAGCAUUAGCUGCUUUGUCAGGGAAUAAUUCUGGGAGCACUACACAUAUAGAAGCACCGGAAAAUGUUAAUAGGACAAAUUCAGAAAUCAUGCAUAGUAGAGAUGGUGGCCAUCAUGGAGAGUUUGCGAACUCAGAUCAGAAAAACGGUAGUUAUGAGGACAAGGCAAAAGUACUUGGUUCAUGUGCUCAAAAUGAUGGUGGGUCGACCCUGUUAUCUGCUGAGAAAGUCAAAGAUGCUGCAAAAGUAGGCCUCUCUGCUGCAGCAAUGAAAGCUAAGUUGUUUGCUGAUCAUGAAGAGCGAGAAAUUCAGAGACUAUGUGCUAAUAUUGUUAAUAAUAAGUUGAAAAGAUUGGAACUGAAGCUGAAGCAGUUUGCAGAAAUUGAAACCCAGUUGAUGAAAGAAUGCGAACAAGUUGAGAAGGUGAGGCAGAGGUAUGCUUCUGAACGGUCGCAUGUUGUAUCAGCACGUCUUGGAAAUGGUGGAACCACUCCAAUGAAUGUAGCGGGUGUUGGUCCUUCCAUGGCUAACAAUAAUAGCAACAGUAGGCAACAAAUGGUUUCUGCUUCUUCCUCACAGCCUAGCAUCUCAGGUUAUGGUAACAGCCAACCAGUUUAUCCACACAUGUCCUUUGCCCCACGGCCUUCAAUGUUUGGGUUAGGGCAAAGGUUGCCCCUUUCAAUGAUACAACAAUCGCAAUCACAAUCACAAUCAGCAUCUUCAAAUCCAAUGUUCAAUGGUCCCGGUGAUGUUCAGCCUAAUCCCAAUCAUUCAUUUUCGAGGCCUGUGUCAAGGACUAACUCUGGUUUAGGUUAAUUAGGGAGUCAAUGGUAGUUUUGAAACAUCCACAUUAUAGUUUUUAUUUUGUCAUUCUUUUCAGUAAUUAAGAGUAGUGAGAAAAAAAAUUGUUUAGUUUUAGGGCCUAUAAUUGGUUGCAGUAGACUAUGAAAGUGUUGCUUAAAGGAAAUAAGUAGCAUUUGAUUUUUCAAAGAUCUAGUGUCGUUCCUAAUGCUUUAGGGAACAUGAGAAGUUUAUACAAACAAUUAACAUGGAGGAAUCAUGAUAUGGCCUUGGUGACUUUCUGUCUCCAUUGUCUUUGUUGUUGUACAA